GAGAGCUCGGAAUUUUUCUAGAACGCAAUCACCCGUUGAAUCAUACACAUCGUGUCCCAGUGUUGAGUGAAUUUUUCCGUCGAAAUGGCACCCAAAACCAGUGGAAAAGCUGCGAAGAAGUCUGGCAAGGCCCAGAAAAAUAUUUCCAAGUCCGACAAGAAAAAGAAGCGCAAGACCCGCAAGGAAAGCUACGCUAUUUACAUCUACAAAGUGUUGAAGCAAGUCCACCCGGAUACUGGCAUCUCUUCGAAGGCCAUGAGCAUCAUGAACAGUUUCGUCAACGAUAUCUUCGAACGCAUUGCUGCUGAGGCAUCCCGCUUGGCGCACUACAACAAGCGUUCGACGAUCACGUCCCGCGAAAUCCAAACCGCUGUUCGUCUGCUGCUGCCUGGUGAGCUUGCCAAGCACGCCGUCUCCGAAGGAACGAAGGCUGUCACAAAGUACACCAGCUCGAAGUAAGCCACUGAAAUGAUUGGCUUCUUUUCAUGAACCUCUCUUUAAUCGGUCCUUUUCAGGACCACAAACCGCAUUCAAACAAAGAAUUAUCCUUCGUUUCAUCUGCACCAGCGAAUUAGCGCUUUAAUUUCAGGGUGUCCGUCUUCGUCAACGUUAUUGUUCAGUUUGUUGCGUUUGCCUGUACUAAAUGGCAUUAGUGCAGGUAAACGCAGCCAUAUCCUAAGUUUGUUUGCGAACUUUGUAUUGGAAACAAUGAUGCUGUGAUUGACAUUAAA